UGCCUCUGGUGGAGGAAGGAAGCCCUCAAGCAUGAGGGCUAUACUAAAGCUAGUUGCAGCCAUCGCUGUGGUAGUGAUUGGUGUUCAAACAGUCAGAGUAUCAGGUGAAGUAUGUCCUCAUGUGACCAUAACAUGUCCUUUAACCACUCUGGAGAGCGGUGAGACUGUACAGUUCAUCCCGAAACCCAUGCAACCCGGUCAAAAGGUGUUAAUAUCCGGCCUCCCAGCAAACCUCCUGAUUCCUGAUAGUGUACGGCGUUAUUAUUGCACAGAACCAGCAUGCCGCUCAAACCCUUGUCUUCAUGGAGGCACUUGUAAGGAGACGGACGCAGGAUUUACUUGUCUCUGUUUGGGUGGCUACCGUGGUGAAAGAUGUGCAGAAGAUGUAACCGUCUACUCGUUAAAGCUUCUUGGUGAAAAGAUAAAUGAAGGAACACUUUCUUUAGCGUCCCGCUCCAGUCCUAACACGUACGUGCUGGUACAUCAAGAUCAUUGGAACAGGAACUUAUCCCAAUUGGCAUGUCAGUAUCUAGGGUUUGAAGGAGUAUUUGCGACGUUGAGCGGUCCGCUGUACGAGUCCUCGUCCGUCGAUGCUCAAGCUGAAGCUGAAUCAGUGAUCUGCCCUCCUAAUGCCACAAACAUUACCGACUGCUGGUACAGUGAGACUAAAGUGGGACAGAUAAACGAGAGUGAAAUUAUUUCCAUUGUGUGUUGCCCCGUGAACCCGUGUAAUAUAUCUGGUCAACCACUCGGCCUUGAAAGUGGUGCUCUUCCCAAUUCGUCUUUCUCCGAAUCAUCCUGCUUCGGGACGAACUGCAGCCGUUUUGGUCGCCUGAACUCUAAGACAGGCUGGAUUCCAAGCACUUCAGACCAAUACGCAUGGAUACAGGUCCAUUUUGAGUCAAGUUAUAUCGUAACGGCCAUAACGACUCAAGGUGCAAAUGGCUAUGAUACCUGGGUGACGUCAUACACCUUUUCGUCUAGUUUUGACGACAUGACUUGGACUGAGUAUUUGAAUAUAUACUCUAGAUCAGUUGAGACAUUUCCAGGAAAUUAUGACCGUGGUAGCCAUGUGACUCACACGCUUGCUAGGCCGGUAGUUGGACGCUCUUUCCGGAUCUAUCCAAAGACCAAGCACAAUGAUGCUGCUUUGAGGAUGGAACUAUAUGGGUAUGGACCUCUAACUGAUGCCAUAACGUCGCUGAACCUCGAUGCGGAAUUUGGUUGCACUCCUGUCCUCGGCAAGGGGCUUGGUGUGGAAGAUAGUCGUAUACCAGACUCUAGUCUGACCUCGUCAUCGAAAUUAAGUUUUAGGUAUAAAGCUUACUAUGGAAGGCUGAAUGCCGUUAGUGGACGUAACAGAGCCGGUGCAUGGGCUGCCGCCCAAAAUGACAACAAAGCGUGGGUUAAGGUCGAUCUCGGCGAGGAUACUUUGGUAACUGGUGUUAUCACACAGGGACAUCAGGCCGUAUCUAUCUACAGGGUUACGUCAUUCCAAAUCUCCUACUCAAGAGACGAUAACAAGUGGACCUUUGCUCUGGAAGAGCAUUGCGGGGUGCGCAAAGUGAGUGUCAUUUUCGUACUUCCAGAUAAGGCCAAUUUUGUUUUGGUUAAAUCUACCAUCUUCCUUGUUUAA